UCAUAUGGGAGUAAAGAAAUAGGAACAGAUAUAACCAGAAAACUAUUUAUGUUAUCAUCAUUACAGUACAGUUUUGCCUACUGGACAUAUAAUUAGCUUUCAAAUCAUUUUUAUUUUUAUUCCAUUUACUUUUAACUGUUUUAAUCAUCUUCAAUUAGAUUACUAAAAUCGGCUGCGAAAUUACAAAAGACACGAUGUCAACACAUUUCAGCAAAGGACCAACUUUCGGACUGUCAGCUGAAGUCAAGAGUAAGUUGGCUCAGAAGUAUGACCCACACAAAGAGGAGGAGCUUCGCCUGUGGAUCCAGGAAGUGACAGGACGCAGGAUUGGAGACAGUUUCAUGGAGAGCCUGAAGGAUGGAGUCAUCCUUUGCGAGCUGAUCAACACACUGCAGCCAGGGUCGGUGAAAAAGAUAAACAACUCCACACAGAACUGGCACCAGCUGGAAAAUAUUGGAAAUUUUGUCAGAGGCAUCACAGAUUAUGGCCUGAAGCCUCACGACAUCUUUGAAGCCAACGACCUGUUUGAGAAUGUCAACCACACCCAGGUGCAGAGCACCCUGAUUGCUCUGGCUGGAGUGGCAAAGACCAAAGGUUUCCACACUGAGCAUGACUUUGGGGUGAAAUACGCAGAGAAACAGCAUCGCCGCUUCAACAUCGAGAAGAUGAAGGAGGGACGCAACAUCAUCGGCCUGCAGAUGGGCACCAACAAGUAUGCCAGUCAGAAAGGAAUGACAUCAUAUGGAUCACGCCGCCACCUUUACGACCCCAAGACAGGCAUGGAGAAGCCCCUGGACCAGUCCACCAUCAGCCUACAGAUGGGAACCAAUAAAGGGGCCAACCAGGCUGGAAUGACUGCACCCGGCACCAAGCGACAGAUCUUCGACAAGAAGAUGGACCUGGAGCCGUGCGACACUUCCACCGUCUCCCUGCAGAUGGGCACCAAUAAGGUGGCCUCCCAGAAGGGCAUGACAGUGUACGGCCUCCCGCGCCAGGUCUACGACAGCAAGUACUGUGCCUCCUCUGACAGCUACAACAACGGCGAGGAGUACGACUACGACGGCUACAAGUACUACCCCGAUUAAGGAAGAAGGAGCCCCACUAGACAACCAUUCCUGUCUCCAGCCUCAUCCCUGGGCCUGGCCAGCUGUGGCAAAUUUUUUACCAAGAUCAACCAAGUAUUCCCAAACCCCCCCUUUCCAUAACUCCCUUUGCACUUCCAUGCAAUUUUUAGUCACUGCUUUUUCAUGGAGGGGGUGGCUUUUUUUUAACUCCUGCCUCAGAUCCAUCAAAUCCACGAUCCAAUUUCCUUCAGUAUUAAUCAUAUUUUGCAGUUGCUUAAACCACAUUCCCCCAAAACAGACCACGGCAGUGUCAGCCUAAAUCAAUUUGUGUUGAUUUAUUUUUGACUCCUUAUCUGUGAGAAGCUAAUCCAGUUGUAGUAGUUUUAACUGUAAUUUAAAACUCAUGAUUUGUUCUCAUUGCCCUGUCGAUCCAUAUUUAUUAUUGAUAUUUAAGUUUUUUAUUGGGAGUGCCUAAGAUACCUUUUCAAUUUCCCUCGUGAAUCAGAAAUCAUAGAAGAACCCAAUGUUAUGUGAAUGCUAUUUGAUCACAGAUAAUCUUAAACCUCCCUCUUAAUGUUGACAUUUUGUUGCGAAGGGGAGCCGGGAUAUGGAUUCACAGACAAUGAAUUGAAUCACUUUCAAUGCAACCUUCUCACCACUGAUGGAUGGAAGUAUAUCCUGUUGUUACCUGAUUCUUAAUUACUUUUUAAAGGAUGUGUGCUCUGGCUCACAUUGCAAUCAGUGAUACCAGUGUACUGCUUGACAAAUUCUUCUGUUCACAUUUCUGCUGUAAACUAAUCAAACUGAUGACCAGUGAUAUUGCACACACUUGAUCACAAAACAAAAUUGUAUUCUUUAUUUUAUAAUGAUUUUCCUGGAACAAUAUUAGUUUUUCGAGUAUGGAGCCCAGAAUGUAGGCUGUGCUUUGUAUUGCUCUGGUGUAUCCCCCAUCUGUUGUAUUGCAGUGUUACUCAGUGAUGGUGCUAUGAAAAAUAGGUAUAAUUAACUCAUCCAUGCUGAUGAAUAUCAUCUGAAAUGCUAUUCCUUAAAUGUGAUGAUCCUAGGUUCCCAGUAUAAAGUUCACUGCCCUUUAAUGCCCCUGCAGACUGCAAAAAUGAAUGUGUGGUAUACAAACUAUUAUUUUUAUAGAAGACAUAUCCUAAAACACAUUCAAAUACAAGAUGAUUAAAGAGCAUUUGAAUUCUGAUUCUCAAAUAAAUGAUUUCCAACUGACAUAAAAAA